AUGAUUUACUACUGCAGAUUCUAUUUGCUCAAGGAUUGGACUGCACCGGUGAAAAAAGUGUAUAAGCAGAAUCGAGCAUACAAAAAAAUUGGAACCAUACGGGUUAAACAACAAUUAAAUGCAAUCAAAAAUUCCGCAGAUCAGGUUGAAGCAUUUCGGAAACAGUUCGUCGAUGAUGUUCCUAUUAACAAAAUGGAUGAAGAGGCAUUGGUAAAGAAGACGAAAAUUAAAAACACAAGUUCUAAUGAAAACUCUGCAUACGUUAAAGAGAAGAAUAUGGAAGAACUCGUUGAGUUUUUACAAAAACGAAGAUUGUUCUUGAACGCAAAUCGUUUUGAGAUUUUGCGCAACCAUGAGAUUAUUGGUCGCGAUUUCCUUAAGAUGAGUAAACAAGACUUUAAAGAUAUUGGGAUAGAAAUGGGGCUGGCAAUGUACCUUGCAGAUCUCGCUAAUAAACUCAAUGAUGAAAUAAAUCCUUACAAUGCUAUAUCUUCUUUUUGCAACUACAAAGACUCAAGUAACGAAUUUAAAAAAUUUACCGAAUUGAAUAUGAAUAAACUCCACAAAGAAUUCAUUGGAGGUCUCUCUGAACUAUUCAAUGAUAAUCUUAAUAAGACAAUUCGUAGUGAAUUUCAAAAUAUCAAGGGGGAUAUAGAAAAGAUUAGACUUAGAUGGAAGAGAUUGACAAUGCAGUGA